AUAAAUCCGAUUGCUCGGUAAAUUCUAUAAAUAAAUGAAGAUUGACAUAGUUCAAAUGAUGUUCGCCAGACAAAUGUCGAUGUCAUGCAACAAAAAAUGGUGACUAUAUGGAUUACAACGUUUGGAUAGAUUAUUGUGUAAGGGCUUCGUAUCAACAGAAAGUGUUUUGUUUUGGUUGCAAACAGUGAGAAUUUCCUAUGAAUCAUGUACGGCCUGUGAUUGGUUUUUUAUAAAUAAAUGUAAGCAAUAAUUAUUGAGCCUAUUGCAACGAAGUUCUUUUGAGUUAAUGGGCAAAAUGAAUACGAAUAUUUCGCCAAUCAACAAUGCCAAAUACAAUCAUGUACCACUAAGUGCGCGUUUGGAAAAUCUUGUUGGUAACAAGUAUCGUUCGGACUUUACCUUCAUAAUUGAAGACGACAAUGUUGAAAUACCUGCACACAAAUUGAUUGUGGCGUUGGCCAGUCCAGUUCUUGAAAGAAUAAUGUACGGAAAUGAAACAUUUCGUGCAGCAGAUAGUAUCAAAGUAGAUGCCAUAAGUAAAGAAUCUUUCAUGCAAAUUUUACAUUACAUUUACACGGACAGAAUCCAUAUCAACGAUGAUAAUGUCUUUGAAAUUUUGCAUAAAUCAAACUAUUUUGGAUUGCCAGGAAUUGAAAUAAAAUGUCUUGAACAUUUGGAAGAAUCUCUGGAUGCAUCGACAGUACCAUGGAUUUAUCAUCAAUUGUUUUACGUCUUUCCAACGUGUAAACUUUUACGAAAGUGCCUACAGUACAUCCGAAUCCAACCAUUGCAAUUUUUUGCUUCCGAAUAUUUCGAAAAGAUAAGUGUUGAUGAGCUGAAGUCAAUUCUUCAAAUGGAUGCAAUAAACUGCACUGAAGUCGACUUAUUUGAAGCUGUGAUCAAGUUAUCCAGAGCUCAUUGUGCUGCUAUCGGCCUAGAACCCACUGGACCUAAUCAACGAAAAGUUCUAGAUGGAGUCGAAAAGUUUUUGCGAUUACAAUCGCUUAGCGAAGUUGAAUUUGACAAAUGUCUUGAAAUUCAAAGUGAUUUCUAUUCAUCAACUGAAAUCGAAAGAAUAAGGGCGGACAUCCGAAACCAUGUUCCGACGAUAAUAAAGAGGAAACGACAUACCUAUGAAGAUGCUGUUUGGACGAUAAUUCCUGAUGGCGGAGAAAUUCCACCGAAUAUCUUCUAUUCUGGCAAUCAUGAUUUCAUACGUCGCUAUUUCAACGAAGACAUGGGACAACAAGUUUAUAGGUUCGAUCAUAAGUUCGCGUUCGGUUUGUCUAUUGGCAACCUAGAAGUGUUAUGCGGCAGUGGAUAUGAAUGGCGAGAAUGUGUGGGUGGUGAGAUUCCGAUUGGUGCCGUAUCUAUUUAUCCAAAGGGUUCGGAUCCAGUGUUUAUAGCGCGAGAACAUGGGAAUAUGCGCCAAAUUGGACCAGCAUAUAUGAAUGGUAAAAUGGCUUAUUGGACUGACUCUCAUAGUUUUCAUGAAAGAACUGAAUUUGAAAUUUUAGUUGCGAGUAAUGUUAAAAGUCCAUACAACGGAAAUGGAGCUCCUGAGGACGCAAUUUUAAUUGGUUAUGAUGAUAACAAUUUCAAAACAUACUUGGGAAGGGCCUGGUUUCGUAACGAUCUGCUACCUGCGAAAUUGAUAUUACAACUCGGUGCGUUUGUACCAUACGGUACGGUGGAAGAAAAGGUUGCCGAAUUCGAUUUUGUGCGCAUGGAUACCGGAACAUAUGAAUGGAAAGAAAGCAGAGAUGGAGAAGUACCGACAAACGCAGUUGUUGGAGGUGUUACAACAGACGGAGAAGAUUUAUUUUUCGGUCGUGUUUUGCAUGGCGGAAACUAUAUUCCCGGGAAGAUUCAUCAAUCGCAUGGGGUUUUAUAUGUCCCAUACAGGGGUCAAGAGCUCAAUUUUCGCAUAUAUGAGGUUUUAGUUCAUGUGAAGAGUGAUAGCGAAAUGUCAACCGCAUUAGACUUAAGUUAUGGUCACAAAAUGUAAAUUUGUUAAUCGAAAAUAUUUAACAGUUUCA